AUCUUGUUUCAGGUUUCUGGCAAGUUAAAGUAUCUACUAAAGACUGGGAGAAAACUGUUUUCACUAUUCUAUUUGGUACCAAUGAGUUCCUUGUAAUGCCUUUUGAACUUAUUAAUAUUGAUCAGAAUUCAUUAAUAGUUAUUAGUUAA